GCUCACUUUCGAUUUCUAAAACCCUAAACCCUAAUUAAUUUAAAAUCUCCAUCAAUAAAAAAAAAAGAAGCCAAAUCAGAAACUCUAAUAAAAAUGUCUUCCAUUGUUCUUAGAUCGCGAACAAUUUCAAAUAAUUUCAGUUCAAAGAGUAUUUCUCAAAGGGGUUUAUGUUCAGGAGUGGUUUCUUCUUCUUCGGAUCCUUCUAAAGGAACAAUAACUUCUUCACAAUCCAUUCUCUCCGAUCAGUCGACACCUCCUCCUCCGGCGCCGAAAGUUGCCCCACAGGUUUCGGGAGGGAAAAUUUGGAGCUUUGUCAAGUACGGACUCAUUGCAGGUGUUACUGGAACUACUGGCUAUGCUGGUUAUCUCUCUUAUAAGUGUUCAUGUGAGGAAGUAGAUCAUAAAGCAAAGGCAUUGCGGGCUGCAGCGAGUUAUGCUCCUAGUGAAGAUGCUUCUGCUAUUGAUAAAUAUGGAGGCUUGCUUUACUCUGCUGCAAUGACAGUUCCGGCUAAAGCACUUGAAUCUUAUCUGGAUCUCAGGAGGUUAGUGGAAGAACAUUUGCUGGAAUAUACUGAACCGACUUCGGAUAAGCUUCUUCCUGAUUUGCAUCCUCUAGAACAGCAUGUUUUCACUCUUGUCCUAGAUCUGAACGAGACAUUACUUUAUACAGACUGGAAGCGAGAGAGAGGCUGGCGUACCUUCAAAAGACCUGGUGUUGAUGCCUUUCUGGAACAUCUAGCAAAGUUCUAUGAAAUUGUUGUCUAUUCUGACCAGAUGAAUAUGUAUGUUGAUCCUGUUUGUGAAAGGUUGGACACUAACCAUUGUAUACGAUAUAGGCUAUCAAGGGGUGCUACUAAAUAUCAGGAUGGCAAGCAUUAUAGAGAUCUUUCAAAGCUAAACAGGGAUCCAACCAAGAUUUUAUAUGUGAGUGCUCAUGCAUUUGAUUCUAGCCUUCAACCAGAAAAUUGUGUCCCUAUUAAGCCAUAUAAACUCGAGACUGAUGAUACCGCACUUUUAGACCUUAUUCCAUUUCUUGAAUAUGUAGCCCGCAAUAGUCCGGCUGAUAUCAGACAAGUAUUGCAAUCAUAUGAAAGAAAAGAUAUCGCGAAAGAGUUUCUCGAGCGUUCUAAAGAGUAUCAAAGGCGAGUUCAAGAACAGAAACAACAAGGUCGGCUCUGGCAGCGCUGAGGAAAGGGUUAUCUAGAGUUGAUGAUUGCAGUUUUCGGAGACCAUUCAGCACAGAAGAAUGUGAAAGACAAUACAUAUCAAGUUUUCCAGUAAAACAGCCAUUUUAUGAUCAAAUUGAAAAAAUCUGCAAAGUUUCAAGACUGGUGGGAGAAGUUAGAAGGUUAGCCUAAAUAGAAAAUCCCAGGUGUGGAUCUAUGGGCAUCAGACUGGUGGACUUCGUCCCAAUUCGCUAAGCUACAAAAUGUUAUUUUAUCAAUUCUUAAAAUUUUUUUAACUUUAUUUUUGUCGUCGUCGUACUUACGUUUCUGGUUUGUCUUCUCUCAUUAUCAGCUGCUGUAUGCCAAAGCCUCUGCAGCUUCUAAACUACCCUUCAAAAAUGUCUCUUUUAGGCUCUCCUUUUUCACCACUUACUCCAUCUUAUUUCCUCGCCUCUAUUUUCCUUCACUAUCUCGUGUACCACACAUCAAAACAAAGACAAGUUCUUUAACUUUCACCCUCUUUCUUAAACCCUUUGUGAAAACCUGAAUUUUUCCCAAAGAGGAUCUUGUUUUGAGGCUAAAUAUUGUAUGCUUAGGUAUAAAGGAAAGUACCCAUUUUCCUUUAUUCAUUGGUGAUUCUCUUGGUCCAGUGAGUCAUAGCCGUAUGUUGCUCCCUUUUGGUCCUUUCAAGCUUGGACUUUAGUCGUCAUGGGGUUUUUCUCUUACUACCUGCAGAUCUUCAAGGCUUAGCUUUUACUGAGUUCUGCUAAUGUACCAUUUCGGAAGAACCCUUUGCCAGUUUCAUUGGACAUCUUUUAGCUAUGUGAGUAAGUAGUGAAGCAAAUUGUGUAUUGUCUAUCAAAAUGUCUGGAAAUGGUCAUUGUUUCGAGUGGCAGGAGGAGUUUAUUUCACAGGAGUGUGGUAAUUGUGUGGUUCAAUAUUUCUUGAAGGAUUCCACCAGUGAAUCUGUCUGUGCAGUUAUCGGUUCUCAAAGGAGUGUUAGGUAUAUGUUUUAUGUUGUUGCUGAGGAGUUUGUGAGGGUAUAUGCGGCUGAGAAUUCAAAUCAUGCUGGUUUCAAAUGGAGGUCGAGGAGGGAGGAGGUUGUAGAUUGGCUUACAUCCAUGAUCUACGACAAACUCAGUGGAGUCGUUGAUCUUUGGAAUUCAUGUUUCCUUCUGAAAUUUACAUUUUUUUAAAUAAAACUCAGUGACAGAGUCACUGAAACAUGGCAUGCUGCUAGCUUUGCGUUUCCUGAUUGUGCAAUGAUCGAGAUUAGUGCUCUGAAAGCUCAAGCACUGGAUAAUAUGGGCUAUCUUUUGAGGAACUUGACUGAACAAAGUUCCGAUAUUGUGUGAGCAGGCACUGCAUGGACAUGUGGUAAAAGGCUCAAACAUUUCCCAGAAUUUUGCCUCAAUGGGACCACAGUAGCAGUAAGCAUUGACAUCUAAGAAAAAGAAUGAUGGUUCAAUCUUUUAUCUUCAUGAUCUCUAAAGGAGAGAAUCACUAUCUUACUUACUUGGAGGACACGUAGGAAGACAAGCGCGGGCAGAUCUGGUGAUGGAGGUUAUUAAUUUUCAUUCAGUUGCCUUAUGUUUCUUCAAAGUUUAAAAUUUAGGCCAUUAAUUCAAAUUAUGUUUAUUGAACUGAAUUAAUUAGUGGGAAAAUAAUAUGGAUAUCAUCACUUGAUUGUAUAGAUAACACUAUAAUGAUGCAAUUCGGUUCGCUUUUGUUUUCAA